AUGUGUUCAAUCUCCCAUAACUCUCUCUGCGUUCAAUCUCCCAUAACUCUCUUUGCAUCCAAUUUUCCUUCUUCCAUCUCAUUCCCCUUUGAGAACACUUUAUGGCUCGUCGAAAACACACAUCUUGCGGAAGAAAGCAACGAAGGAAGGCAGAAGCUGAAGUUGGUUAUGCUAUUAUGGAAUUAUUUUUCUGUUGUUUUUAUCGAUCCGAGAAGUUUACUUUCAAAUUGGAAGCCUACAAUUGAUAAGGAGAUAGGAGAGGAAGAUCCAUUAGUUGGUGCAGAACUCAUGAACACGAUUUCUGAUCUGUCCAAUCAAAGGAUUUGGUUUCUCUGCAAUUAG